GGCGGCACAAACCACCCACUCAUCGCCCCGCCAGCGGGUCGGUCAAAGGCAAGUAAAGUAAGAUGGCGGCAGGUAGAGGAAGAGUGAUCCUGAAAACAGUGAAAGAAGUCAUCGUGCAGUUCUGUCCCUUCGAGUCUAAUGUGCGCGGCGCCAGAGAAUUUCUUGCUGCAUUAGGAACAGAAAAGGCACGCCUAACAAACUCCAACUGUCGGAUUGUAGCUGAUGUAAAGCAUGAUGAGACGGAGCCUGUUAUAGCUGUCACGUUCAAUGAUGGAGAAAGAUUGGUAAUGAAAGCAGCAAACCUGACAACCAAGGAGAUGCUGUCGUUUUUCAAUGAAAGAUGCUUUUCAAAGGACCCCCAGGCACAAGAAACAACAUCAAAAAAAAGCCACUAGCUUUAAAUUGGACAUUCCUGUUAUGUAUUCAUGUGCAUGCAUACAAUUCAAACCUGGUCAAGUACUGAAUGAUGCUUGACUGGUUUAGUUUAAAAAUAGCAAAUGGCAUGCUUGCAGAGCAUGGAACUGAUCAAUAUAUUAAAACAUCUUAUCAGUUCAUCAUUCAGCUGGAUCCUCAGUCAUCAUUUUAAAAGAUUUUUCUUUCAGGGAUAGGACCAAAACAAAAAAUUCAUUUGCCAGUAAUAUAGCGAAUUGCAGUGUCCCAGUAACUGUCAAAAUACUUGAUUGUGAAUAAUAAUUUAUUGCACAUUGUACCUGUAUUAACUACUUAAUAAAGUCCUGUCCAGAUAA